AUGGCAACUGCAAUUAACCGUCUAGAGUCUCACGUUUUUGGGAAGUUGUCAUCUCAACCUGAAACAAACGCAAAGAACAUGAGUGUCAUGACCUUGAGAAGCGGUAAAAAAGUUGAAGGGUCCCGGCCAGUAGUCCCUAAAGAUGAUAGUGAGGAGAAAAUAGAAAAGGAGCUUGACCAAGAAGAAGGGGGAAAUUCAAAUCCCAAGAUAAUCUCUGGCUCUCUUAUAAAUCAUAAGUCUCACACUCCACCUUUUCUUAGCAGGUUGGAAAAGCGAAGGAAACCAGAGAAGGAGAAAGAGAUUCUGGAGAUGUUCAAAAAAGUGGAGAUAAACAUCCCCCUGUUGGACGCAAUCAAACAAGUACCAAGGCCAUUAAAAGAAACUAGCAUCAUAAUUCAAUUAGCGGACCUUACUUAUGCUUAUCCGAAUAGGCUAGUUGAAGAUGUCUUAGUUCAGAGAGUUUUUGAGUUUGAUGGUAAGAAUGAAUUGGAGAUAGUUUUGACUAAGUAUCUUGAGUUGGGAGCAACUCCAGAUGUAGAACUGAGUGAUGAACUACGACAUAUGGUUGAAGCAUUACACUCACUUCCAUCUAUUUCCCCAAGGUAUGAGUUUGCUUCCCUUUUUACACCAGAAACUCAUCAAAAGUUGUUGCCUUCUAUUGUACAGGCACCAGAGUUGGAGUUCAAACCCCUCCCGCGCCAUUUGAAGUACGUGUUCUUAGGAGAUAAGGAGAUGCUGCCAAUCAUUAUCUCUGCAUACUUGUCACCUGGUCAGGAGGAUAAACUGGUUCGACUUCUUCGAGAUCAUAAGGAGGCGAUCGGAUGGACCCUUGCAGACAUUAAAGGAAUCAGCCCCUACUUAUGCAUGUACUUGAUUAGGCUAGAAGAGGAUGCAAAACCAGUGAGACAGGCUCAGCGAAGGUUAAACCCAUUGAUGAUGGAAGUGGUUAAAAAGGAGAUCCUUAAACACCUGGAUGUAGGCAUUAUUUUCGCUAUCUCAGAUAGUCCCUGGGGUAUAGAUUUUAUGGGUCCUUUUUUCUCAUCCUAUGGUUUCUUAUAUAUCUUGCUUGCUGUUGACUAUGUAUCCAAAUGCGUGGAGGCGAAAGCCACCCGAACUAAUGAUUCUAAAGUGGUUGCAGAGUUUAUUAAAUCUAACAUCUUUGUUCACUUUGGAAUGCCAAGAGCUAUGGUGAGUGAUAGGGGAACACAUUUUUACAACAAGACAAUUGCUACUUUAUUCUGCAAAUAUGAUGCGCUCCAUAAGGUAUCCACAUCUUACUACCCGCAGACGAAUGGUCAAGUUGAAGUGUCAAAUAGAGAGAUUAAAUUGAUUUUGGAGAAGAUGGUUUGUCCGGACAGGAAAGAUUGGAGUUCAAGACUGGAAUAUGCACUAUGGGCGUAUCGAACAGCAUACAAAACUCCAAUUAGGAUGUCACUCUAUUCAUUAGUAUUUGAGAAGCCAUGCCACAUCCCAGAGGAAUUUGAGCAUAGGGCAUUCUGGGCGAUUAAACAGUACAAUAUGGAUCUCAAGGAAGUCGGAGUGCAUAGGAAGCUUCAAUGCAGGAGUUGGAAGUCUUGA